AUGCGGUUUUCUCUGUCUCCGCAUUGUGCUCUGAUCUCUUCGGUCGCUAUCAUUGCGAGAAUAGCAAGCGCGGACUCUGGUGCCAACGGCACCUGGCUGUAUCCAGAUCCUAGCACAACCCCCACUUUUAACUACCUCGACACAUUGAACGCCUCCUGGACGUCGGACUUUUCCACACCAUGGCUCCAUCUCUACUGCGGUGUCACCAAUGGCAAUUCCUCUUCUCCAGUGCUAGGCGAACUCUACAACCAAACAGCGCCUGCAACAGGUAGUCUGGACUUUCCCCUCAACUAUGCGCUCGACCCGUUCAGCUGCCACUUUGAGCUCUCCCGCCAGCCAGCCGUAGGGUUGGGACCUCCGUACGCCCUGAGUGGAACUUUCAAUGUCGCCGUUGAAAGCAACGCUAAGCCUGUGACUUGGAGCCAGAACACCGGAACUUCAUCGACUGCGGAUACCGGUCCGAGCGCCAGCACGAAUGCACAAUCGACAGCGUCUUCCACAACUUCUCCCGAAUCUACAGCCGGUGCAGAAGCUAGCGGGAGCAAUGGCCUCAGUCAAGGCGCAAAGAUAGGCCUGGGAGUUGGAGUGGCACUGGGAGUUCUGGCCUUGAUCGCCGCUGCUGCUGGCUUCUUCAUGCUCCGACGGCGGAGAAAUUCAAGUACAAGACGAACGGAAAAUGGCAUAUCUCAUCCAGGCGAUCAGAAUCUUGCGACGCCUCAUCCAAACGCCCCGGGAUAUGCUACAAGUAAACCGGGGUGGUCGGAGAUGCCGGGUGAUGUGAAGGUGCAUGAAAAGGAUAGCGUUCCGGUGCCAAGGCAGACAAUAGGGGAGCUGGAGGCACCGAGAUACUAG